UAAAGUUUGAGUGUGUAACGGCUGAGGGAAUUGAUGGUAGUUUUCCCGCUGUGCUAGUCGCAGUUAAAAUGGAUUUUGUUGAUAAUUCCUUCAUGUUGUCGAAAGAGGUGUCUUACUUAAAAGCUAGAGACCCGAGUGUUUUUUUAUCUUGGAACAGGUACGGGAUACAAAAUGUACGAUCUAACUUAGAGGACCGCUUUAACCAAUGCAGUGACCUUGUUCAGCCCAGUAAAAAAGAUGAUUGUGUGGAGGUGUAUCUUCGAAUUAAAAAAGGCAUAUCUUUUGCACACCUCUAUAGUUUUACAGACAACACGUUAAUAUGUAAAGUGGCGGCCAAAGGCGAAACUGUUAAUAAAAAAUAUACUUUCACAAAAAUAUUCGGGCCCGAUGUAACUCAAGAAGAAUUAUUCAAUGACGUUAUCAAAUCCAAAGUAUUACAUUUUAUUAAUGGGAGGAAUGCAACUGUAUUUGCAUACGGUGCCUCGGGAUCUGGUAAAACAUUUACAAUGGUUGGGACCGAAAAUGCGCCUGGUGUAAUACCUAGAGCAUUUGAAUAUCUGUUUCGUAGUUUGCCCAUAUUACGUGAAGAUCCCAAAGCAAAACCUUUGCCAAAUGGGACAGUAAUGGAGCUUAGCGCUUUGCAGAGCGAAGAAGAGAAGAGGAAUACCCAAAAUCUGCUUCACAUAUAUGGUCAGCGACCUGACAAGUUGCUCCACUUGAAAACUUACAGGACUAUGCAAGCGAGACUCAGCGAUUGCCCGGUCGCCACAAUAACCGGCAACGCGGAUCUCGUGGAGAUAUGGGUGUCUUUCGCCGAGAUCUACAACGAGCACAUCUACGAUUUGCUGCAACCGCACUCCGGGCAUUCGAGACCGAAAUUAAAACUGGGCGGUCUACACGAGCACACCUACAUCAGAGACUUGAAAUACUAUCACGUCAAGUCAGGCCUGGAGGCCUACCAGUUAUUGCAAUUCGGCUUGCAAAAUAUCAACUACGCGGAGACAAAAGUGAACUCUCAUUCGAGCAGGUCGCACGCCAUUUUCACGAUAAGGCUCGUCCAAGGGUUCCGGGCGGAAAAAUGUUAUUCGUCAUUGAAUUUCUGCGACCUGGCGGGGUCGGAGAAACUGAAGAAAACCUUGAACACCGGCGAUAGAUUAAAAGAAUCUAACACCAUCAAUAAGUCGCUUCUAGUUCUGGGAAGGUGCAUACACCAGAUCCGGUCGAUCCAGCAAACGAAAGAUAACCUACUGCCGCCGUUUAGAGAAUCGAAACUAACGCAGCUCUUCCAGAGGGCGCUCUCGGGCAAGGAAGAGACCGCCAUGAUGGUAACCGUCAAUCCGGCCGGUACCAUGAUUGACGACACGCACCACGUUUUAAAUUUUUCCGCCAUAGCCAGAGAGGUCGAGCAGGCCAGAAAAUCAACGUUUAUGGAAUACAUGGCGAAAUUCUGCUCUACCGUCGUGGAGGACGACAAACACCAGGACGAGUUGCGGAGUUUGAGAGAUCAAGUCGCUAUCUUGACUUUGGAACUCAGCGAAGCGCGCCUGCAGAUGGAGGACGUGUGUGAGAUGGAAAGGAAUCACCUGACGAGGCAAUACGAAAACAUAAUAGAGCUUAAGAAUAAGCAGUUCGCCCGUCUGAGAACCAGGUGCGAACAGCUGGAGCAAGAGCUGCGCGAUGUGCGGCAGAAACAAAACGUGAUAGUGAUCGGGGACAGUGACGAGGAAGACUACGAGCCGUGUAAAGCGAACGAGAUGGCGCUGAAAACCGAGAACCUGGAAGCAAUCGUGCGGCAAAAGGAAGACGAAAACCUGGCGCUGCGCCAACGGGCCGGACGUCUGGAGGCGGACAACGAGAUGCUGAGGAAGGCGAUCCAAGAGAAGGACAAAAUGCUGGCGGACGCGGUCUUCGAUUUCAAGCGGCUCGAGCUGCGCUGCGAAGAGCUGGAAAUGAAGAAUUCGCUGUACGAAGGAAGUAGAAACGAAACCGAUAGCAGCUCGGAGAGCUGCAGUGGAGAUAGCACCGACCGGGAAGAAGCAACGCUAUUUGUUCCAGUCCGCAAAUUGCCAGAUGGAGAUGGAGAUGAUUCGCAAAGUAUUGAAGAGCAACCAACGAGCAAUAGUGAUUUGAAGCUUGAACUUCCUGAACAAUUGUCAAGUUUUAAAUUAAGUUAAGUUAAUUAAAUCCUUAUAUCUUUGAGAAUUGGAAAUUUUACUUAACAUUUGCCGUUUUCCAGUCGGGCUUACAGUAGUGGGGCACCUGUAUUAUCUAAUAGCUAUAUGGUCAAUCCCCUAAAUAUCCAAAUAAGUUUGAAAUGAGAGAAUGGUGACGACAUGUUCGACCGGAAGAAUUAAUAAUUAUCUAGGAAUGCUCUGGUACCACAACAAAUUUAACAAUAGAUUUUGACAACUUGGUUAUGAAAAUUGGUAUUUUAUCCAAUGACAUAACUGUUUUACAAUACAAAAAAAUUAUUUGAGGUUUUGCGAUUGUGGCGUCGUCAUAUAUAAUGAAUCUUCUUUCUUUAAUAGACGUGUAUGGUCGGUUACAUUAGGCAGUACAGUAGAGACUUGAUAAUCCGGACCAAUUAAAGCAAGGGCUAACUCAAACUAUAAUAUACAAAUACAUGAUGAAAAACAGUAAACGGGUAAACUUCAUUCUCAAAGUCUCAUCAAAACAAAUAUAAUGUAGGUAAGAAUAACUAUAUCAAAUGUUACAAUAUUACAUUAUUUAAAUUAUUUAAAUAUUUUACUUUGUCUUUUAAGUGAAAUAAUUGAAGAAUGCUUAACUAUACCUUUUUGUUAUAAUAUUUUAAUUUAGAGAUUAUUUUCUCCAGCAAUUCUAAUGUAAAUCUCUGAAGCUUCAUGUUCAAGAUCGCCAUUCUCUAAGACAUUCUCUGCAUUUUCCAACCACAGUCAAUUUGUGUCAGCAGUUUAGAGGAAUUAAUUUUAGUCAUAAUCAGGUAAAUUGCCGGUUUGUGGUCACUUUCUGCUAUGGCAUAUAGAGUAAACUGCAUCAAUAAGAUUUAUCCUCUUAAUGCAGACCUUUCUGAUAAUACAGCUAGAAUAAUCUGAUAGCAUUUUGAUCCAGACAUAGAGCAAAAUCGACUUACUUAACAUGGCCGAGAUAUAGGGCGCUUUCCAAUUUUCGGCCCUUCAGAAAAUUGCCCAUAACUUUUUUAUUUAUGAAAAUUUUGAAAUGGGAUAAAAACAUUAUUAAGGCAUUCUUUAAGGCAAAUGCAGUAGCGUACUCAGAUUAUGUCUACAUUCCUCCGUUUUCUUAUAAAUAAAAACAAUUUUCUUAUUUUAUAUGAUAAUCAUAGUUGACUGUAGGCUUAAAUUAGUGUUCGUGGCGAGCCUUUUCAGCUAUAGCAACCUUUAAA